CUCGGAGAGGUGGAACUGUCAACAGUGGACAUGAACGUGUUUCAGACCGGAUUUAUGAGGCUGGUUCAGACCUCAGAAUAACUGCAGUGAAUAAACCCUAUGAGGGGUAGCGUUAAGAGUGUAUCAUGCCUAGCUCCCUCCUGUGGGCAGUAGAUGUGUAUGGGAGGGUGUAUAGCCUGUCCACAGCAGGGCAUCAGUGGGAGCAGUGCCGCCAUGCCCACCUGGAGUUCAAGCGGGUCUCGGCUGUACAGCAGUGCUGCUGGGGCAUCGCCUGUGAUCACCACAUCUACCUGAACGUUCAUGCCAGCGACGUGCCCAUACGCUACCAAGAGGAAACCUAUGAGAAUCAGCGUUGGAACCCAGUCGAUGGCUUUUCAGAUCGACUGUUGCCUAGUGACCGUUGGCAAUGGAGCGAUGUGACUGGGCUGACGCAUCAGCCGCUAGACAGCUUCCAGCUUCCCUCAGAAAACUGGGAGUGGGAGGCUGACUGGUAUGUGGAUGAAAACUUUGGAGGAGAGCCCACAGAGAAAGGGGGCUGGACAUAUGCUAUUGAUUUUCCAGCCACUUAUACCAAAGACAAGAAGUGGAAUUCUUGUGUACGUCGGCGCCGAUGGAUACGUUACAGGAGGUACAAGUCACAAGACACAUGGGCUAAGAUCCCCUCGGAGCAGACUGGCUCUCUGCCUGACCCAUUUAAUGACAUAAGCUGUGGUGGUUGGGAGAUCACUGAGGAGCCUAGAGGACGUCUGUCUUUGUGGGCCGUUUCUCUGCAGGGAAAGGUCUGGUUUCGGGAUGGCAUCCACUACCUUAACCCGGAGGGCUCAGUCUGGGAGGAAGUGUCUACACCUGGGGAAGUGGUUCAGAUCAGCUGUGGACCAGCUGACCUGGUAUGGGCCGUGCUGUGGGAGGGGCAGCUGCUGGUCAGAGAGGGCAUCAGCAGAGACUACCCUAAAGGCUCCUCCUGGGUUGUGGUUGAAUCACCAAGUCCAGAAGUCGGUGCUAUACAUGUAGCAGUGGGUGUCAAUGUAGUGUGGGCUGUGACAAAAGAUCACAAAGUUUGGUUUAGACGGGGUGUCAAUUCACACAAUCCCUGUGGCUCUGGCUGGAUUGGUAUGGUUGGCGAGAUGGUGAUGAUCAAUGUGGGCCUCAAUGACCAGGUGUGGGGGAUCAGCUGUGAGGAUCGGGCGGUAUAUUUCCGGCAGGGUGUGACGGUCAGUGAACUGAGUGGAAAGGCUUGGAAGGCCGUCUCUGUGCCCAGAGACAACGAGCGCUCUCACUCUAGUGCCAGCGCCAGCAGUCUACAGAGUGCUGGUUGUUAUUUUGGCGGUGAGGUUCACCUGCAGUCACAAGCUUCGGUGCUGAGUGAUGUCGAUUCUGAAACAGAGAAAGUUACAGAAGAAGCCCCUCCCACCCUUGAGCCAGACGAUGCCCCUAAACCACGAAUUCCCAAAGUGACCAGUGACAGCUUCAUCUCAGAGCUAGUGUCUGAUCGAGAGGGACAAAUUGGGCGGCGUGAGGGUCCUGCAGCUGCUGCUGGACCAUCCAUUCCAGAGGAGGAAGGGACAGAGGGGGAGGUGGAAGCUAAAACUGCCCCCACCCUAGUGCUUUCCCCCAGCCAAUCUGGAGUGCCAGACCCCCAAUGGAGUAAUGUGGACCUGGAGGAGGCCCAAACGCACCUGACUGUGGGGACCGUGGCAGACUCAGCUGAAACCUGCAGCCUGUCAUCUGUAGCCACUUAUAACCUGGGGCUGGAGGAGCAGUAUGGACCAGACGAGCACCCGCUGUGGGCCUGGGUCAGUGGCGGAGGCUGCGCAGUCGACUCCCACUCCCAACUCAACUGGUUCAACUCCACCACAGGCUUGAACUCAUCUAUGCAGGCCAUGUCACUGUCCAUCACACCUACGCAGACUGCAGCCUGGCGCAAGCAGAUUUUUGAACAACUAAGCGAAAGGUCUAAAAGAGAGAUGGAAAACUUUAAACACUACGAACAGGCCAUUGAACAGUCCGUUUGGGUUAAGAAAGGCAGCAUGCAGUGGUGGAGGGACUGGAAGCCUUACAAGUGGGUGGACGUGCAGUUUGCACUGGAGCAGUUCUCAGGAGCCGAGGGCAACAAGGAUGGCAUCCUGUUUAUAUACUAUACCUUUAAUGAGGAGAAGAAGUAUCUUCAUGCAUUCAUUAAUGAAGUCACCAUCCUGGUGCCGGUGCUAAAUGAGUCUAAGCACACGUUUGCCAUCUACACAGCUGAGAGGACCAAGCAGAGGUGGCCUAUCCGCCUUGCAGCUGCCACAGAGCUGGAGAUGCAUGACUGGCUGGCCCUGCUCAGUGUGUCCUGCUGCGACUCCCGAGGCAUCCACGGCCCACCCUCCAAACAGGCCAUCUGGUCGGUCACCUGCAAAGGAGACGUAUUUGUCAGUGAGCCCACACCAAGCCUGGAGGCUUCUCCAUACCCUAUGCCCUGUGACCAAAUGUUCUGGCGGCAGGUUGGAGGGCACUUGCAUAUUGUGGAGUGUAACAGUCUGGGAGUGGUCUGGGGGAUCGGCUAUGAUCACACAGCAUGGGUCUACACGGGAGGCUAUGGUGGAGGCUUCUUUCAGGGACUUGCCAGCAGCACUGAUAACAUCUACACACAGACUGAUGUGAAGAGUGUGUAUAUAUAUGAGAAUCAGCGCUGGAAUCCCGUUACAGGCUACACAAAUAGGGGUCUCCCUACAGACCGCUACAUGUGGAGUGAUGCUUCAGGCCUCAAAGAGUGCACCAAAGCAAACACUAAACCACCCUCCCCACACUGGACAUGGGUGUCGGACUGGGCCAUUGACUACAGCGUAUCUGGAGGAACCGACAGAGAGGGUUGGCAAUACGCAGCUGAUUUUCCAGCGUCAUACCAUGGUCAUAAAACUUUGAAGGACUUUGUCCGCCGCAGGCGUUGGGCCAGGAAGUGUAAACUCACCACAACUGGUCCCUGGCAGGAAGUUCCACCCAUCCCUCUGAGUGACGUCACCAUCCUGCCAUGCGGGCUGAAGAAUACGGUGGAGCAGGUGCCUCUGUGGGCCAUCAGCAACAAGGGAGACGUCCUCUGUCGUCUGGGGGUCACCUCGCUCACUCCUGCUGGAACAUCAUGGCUCCAUGUAGGAACAGACCAGCCUUUUAAGUCCAUCUCCAUUGGAGGGGUAUACCAGGUUUGGGCGAUUGCCAGGGACGGGUCAGCAUUCUACAGGGGCUCUGUGUCAGCCCAGAAUCCUGCAGGAGACUGUUGGUACCAUAUUCCCUCCCCAAGCCGACAGAAGCUCAAACAGGUAUCAGUGGGCAGGACAUCUGUGUAUGCAGUAGAUGAAAAUGGAAACCUGUGGUAUCGCCAAGGUGUAACACCCAGUUACCCUCAGGGCUCUAUUUGGGAGCACAUCUCUAACAAUGUCCGAAAGGUGUCUGUGGGGCCUCUAGACCAGGUGUGGAUCAUUGCAGAUAAGGUCCAGGGCAGCCACAGUCUGAGCUGUGGAACUGUUUGCCACAGGCUGGGCGUGCAGCCCAUGGAGCCAAAAGGCCAGUCCUGGGACUACGGCAUUGGGGGAGGCUGGGACCACAUCACAGUGCGAGGAAACACCAUGGAGGCUCCCCGUAUCCGCCUGCCAUCACUGACCGACAACGGCAACAACAGCACAGCACCACGCAGCCCGCUGCUGAGCAGAGAGCAGUCUGAAAUGAAUGGCAACCCUGUAGGAUGUUAACAACACUUCCCUGCAUCCAUAUCCCCUCUCUACACCGUAGCGCUGAAGCUCACGACCAACCCUUUCAGCUGUGUAGCUAAUGUGUGGAGAAAUAUCCACUCCAACUGAUGUUUAGCCUGUAAAAUUCCAACUUUGUUUUUUCUGUCUUCUAGCAUUUCCCUCAACUCUCUGUAGCUGGACCUCUUCAUGUUGAAAGAAAGCUCUGCCAGUCUGACAGUGAAGUCUUGCAGAGGUUAAUCCCAAAAAUGUUUAAAUAAGGUUCCAACAUUCCGAAUGGAAUCCACUGAAUGGAAAAUGUUGUCCAGGUCUAAGAUUAAUCCCUUGUCCAAGGAACAGACUCAUAGUGUCUUUUAUUAUAUUUUAACAUAAUAUUUUUGUAUAGAAGUUAUUAAUUUGUAUUUAUUUAUUCAUUGUCAUUGUCUGUGGUUAUGUGAGGUCUUUUUUCCUUGAUCUUGUUUCUUUAUUUGAUUUCAGGGGCAAAGAAUACAAGCAGUGUAUUCAGAACAUAUAGACCGGACUUAAUGUACGUUAGACAAGGUACUCUACACACGGUCAACUCCUAAACAUCAUGAACAAAACAGAGUAUCACGCCUGUUUACAGACUGUAUCACUGACACGACAAUUUAAACAGACAGAAAUUAACUAGCACAAAGAGCACUGAGAAACUCAUACAGAUGGAAUUAUUUAAUGCACUUCUGUUGAAGGCUAGUAGCUGAUUGUUCGCUCAUACUCUGCAUUGAGCGCUGAAAAGGGACCUAUAGAGACAUCCAGUCUUCAGGAGCUUUAGGAAAGCUUUUGUAGGCUGACUGCAUGGGAACUUUCAACUGACCAUCAUUACAAGCUUACUAUUGUGUCGCUCUCCAAUACAUGUGCAAUACUUAGCAUUUAGACACCGAUAGAGCAGUGUUUCUUUUCUCAGGAAGUCUUCUUCAAACUCCCAGUAUACAUUUCAUCAACCUACGUCACUUAUAAACUCAAAGGCAGCACAGAUGAGAGUUUGCGCAACAUUUAUUUUUCAUCUUUUAAAGUUGUAUUAUGGUCAGUGGUACUGUACGAUUAAUUUUAGGUAGAUUUUUAUGUAGGCAUAAUGUGAAAUGUCAUUAUGAAUAUUGAUUUUAGGGCAUUAUUUAAGGUUAAGCUGUAAAUACGAAUGAAAAGGCUUUAUCAUAAAUAUAUAGGUACACAAAAGAAAAGGAGAAAAAAACUGUAACUGUAAUAUAAACUGUUGUAACUGGCAAAUGUCAAUGUAAAAGUGUGUAUAGUUUUGCACCAUAUUUCUGUAUACAUUCCGUACUGAAAUGUGUGUGUUAAAGGUUUUAAAAAGGAAAGGCUUCCCAUGUUUUUAACUUCCAUAAUCCAGCUGUAAAAAGCUGCGCUGUUAUUGUUAGGUACAUUAAAACACCUCAGUGUUGAUGUAUGCAUGGCCUGUGCCCUUUCAAUAAAUGUGGCUAUAAAUAAUAA